AUGGCCACCAUCAUGACGGCCGCCCAGCUGGUUCUCAACUUGCCAGAGCUUAUCGCAAUUAUCUUCAAUUUCCUUCUUCACCUCCCAGACGACGACAUCGGCAGUCCGGAUAUCCUGGACGCAACCAUACAUCAUAAAUACUUCUUUUACCAAUGCCUUCUUGUUAAUACAGUCUGGUACCGAGAGGCAGUAUCCUAUCUGUGGAAAGACAUCAGGAAUCUCACAAUGGUGAAAUUUCGGUCUAUAGAACAAUACCUCGGCCCUAUAGUUCCUGGGCGAAGACAGUUUUAUGCUGACCUUAUUGAGAGCGCCACUGCGGACAUGUGGUCCUUUAGUGACGAUGCGCUGAUUGGAUUGAUAUUCCCUCGUUUGACCUUUCUGGUUAUCUAUCCUGAGCCGAACCACAGUCGUGUUCCCCAGAUCAAUGCGCCACGACUCAAGAGUUUAUGGUUCUGGACGAAGGGAGGGGGUUUUUACUUGGGUCAAAAACACGUGGUAACCGCGAUGAUGGAACAAAUCCCGGAUCUUUUCCCGCAUUUGGAAGAAUUAAAGCUUUAUAAUGGGACUCCACCUAUCCCAGGUACUGUCAGAAUGCUCAGGGAGCGGCUGCCGAAGUUGAAGAAUUUUUCCCCAGAAGAUCAAGACGAAGCCUGGGAACAGCGGUCCGAAGAAGACUGGGAAGAAGACUCCGAAGAAGACUGGGAAGAAGACUGGGAAGAAGACUGGGAAGAAGACUGA